AUGACCGACAACACCAAGGACUGGGAAUCUCAAGCGUCCUCUUUGAGGAGGAUCGCCUUCUUCGGUGUGGCGGUGUCCACGAUGGCUACCCUCGUCUGCGUGGUUUCGGUGCCAAUGCUCUACAACUACAUGCAGCACAUGCAAUCAGUCAUGCAGAGCGAGGUCGACUUCUGCAAAUCCCGUUCCGGAAACAUCUGGAGAGAAGUCACCCGCACCCAGGCUCUGGCCGCACCAGUCAGGAAAGCACGUCAGGCCGGAGGUGGAUGUUGUGGAUGCGGUGUAUCUCCAGCUGGACCUCCAGGGCCACCUGGACAAGACGGAGAACCAGGAUCGGACGGAGAGCCUGGACAACCUGGUAAAGACGGACCUGAUGGACCAGAGCCAACCCCAGCUCCAGAAUACAAUCCUUGCUUCGACUGCCCUGCUGGUCCUCCCGGUCCACCCGGAAAUCCAGGAAGCAAAGGAGCACCAGGAAACCCUGGCUCAGAUGGACAGCCUGGAAAUCCUGGAAAUCCAGGAGGAGCUGGUCCCGUUGGUCCACCAGGACCCCCAGGAAACGACGGUCAGCCCGGAAAUCCAGGAGCUCCAGGAGCCCCGGGAACUCUCAACGAAGUCCCUGGCCCACAAGGACCACCUGGACCACCUGGACCCGCCGGACCUCCUGGACCUGAUGGCCAACCAGGUAGCGAUGGAAACCCAGGACAAGAUGGUGCUCCAGGACAACCUGGAGACAACGGACAGCCUGGUCCCCAAGGACAACCAGGAAAAGACGGCGAUAACGGUAGUGACGGAGAGACCGGAGCUCCAGGAGGCUGCGACCAUUGCCCUCCUCCUCUCUGUGUGCUGUCGGUGCCAAUGCUCUAUAACUACAUGCAGCACAUGCAAUCGGUCAUGCAGAACGAGGUCGAUUUCUGCAAAUCCCGAUCUGGAAGUAUCUGGAGAGAAGUAACCCGCACUCAGGCUCUGGCCGCGCCAGCCAGAAAAGCACGUCAGGCCGGAGGCGGAUGCUGUGGAUGCGGUGUAUCUCCAGCUGGACCUCCAGGGCCUCCUGGACCGGAUGGAGAGCCAGGAGCAGAUGGUCAGCCUGGACAACCUGGCAGGGAUGGACCUGACGCACCACCAGCAACUCCAGCUCCAGAUGUUGCUCCGUGCUUCAACUGCCCUGCUGGACCUCCUGGUCCACCCGGAAAUCCAGGAAGCAAAGGAGCACCAGGAAACCCUGGCUCAGAUGGACAGCCUGGAAAUCCUGGAAAUCCAGGAGGAGCAGGCCCCGUUGGACCACCUGGACCUCCUGGAAACGAUGGCCAGCCUGGAAACCCUGGAGCUCCUGGAGCUCCAGGAACUCUUACAACA